CACGCGGGGCGGGAGCGCGGAUCCGUGCGCGGGGUUGCUAAGGGUGAAAGUUUGCCGUGAGUUGGCUCACUCGGGGCCAGGGCGCGGGCGGCUCCAGGCCGGCGGGGCUGAGGCGGCGGCUGUGCUCGAACGGAUUGCUCCGGGCGUCCUUCCACACCUUCGGCCCUACAGCCGCGACGCCACCCACGGGCCCGCCCCGCGGAGGGAGCGCAGCUCUUGACGGAGAGAGAGAAGCGAGGGACGGGGCGGAGAGCGGCACGCAGCGCCCGGGCUCUCCCGGCCCCCUCAGAGCCUGGAACUGAGAGAACGGUCUGUUUGGAGCCGAAUCUUGUCUAUGUGUGUGUCAUUUUGUCUCUUUUAAUACACUGCCCUGACUUGCUUGCUGUGAAGGGAGUAUGCAUCUGGAGAUUAAAGUUGCUCUUAACUUCAUCAUCUCAUACCUGUACAACAAGCUUCCUCGGAGGCGGGCGGACCUGUUUGGUGAGGAGCUAGAGCGCCUGCUGAAGAAGAAAUAUGAGGGUCACUGGUACCCGGAGAAGCCUCUGAAGGGCUCAGGCUACCGCUGUGUUCAUAUUGGGGAGACGGUGGACCCAGUAGUGGAGCUGGCGGCCAAGCGGAGCGGGCUGACUGUGGAGGAUGUACGUGCCAAUGUGCCGGAAGAACUGAGUGUCUGGAUUGAUCCCUUUGAGGUCUCCUACCAGAUCGGUGAGAAGGGCUCUGUUAAGGUCCUCUAUCUGGAUGACAGCGAGGGCUGCAGUGCUGCUGAGCUGGACAAAGAAAUCAAGAGCAGCUUCAACCCUGAUGCCCAGGUAUUCGUCCCCAUUGGCAGCCAGGACAACUCGCUGUCCAACUCUCCAUCCCCCUCUUUUGGCCAGUCACCGAGUCCCACCUUCAUCCCUCGCUCUGCCCAGCCCAUCACUUUCACCACUGCCACGUUUGCUGCCACUAAAUUCGGCUCCACCAAGAUGAAGAAGGGUGGGGGGGCCGGAGCAGGGGGUGGUGGUGCAGGGGCUGUGCAACAGCCACGGAUGGUCAGGUCGCCCACUACCAACCUGCUGAAGCACAAGGGCCUCUCCCUGUCCAUGCACUCUCUGAACUUCAUCGGGGGUGCUGGGAGCCAAGCCCCGCAGUCGCAGCUCUCCCCCAAUGCCAAGGAGUUCGUUUACAGUGGUGGCUCACCAGGGGCCAGCAGCCUGUUCUUUGAUGGUGUUGCCAGUGAGAGCCAGGCCAGCAGCAUCCCUCCGGCAUCACAGUUCAACGCUGGCACGGGCAGCACCUUUGACAUGGCUCAGGUCUUUGGCGGCAGCACCAACAGCCUCUUCUUGGAGAAGUCUCCCUUUGUGGAAGGACUCAGCUACAACCUGAACGCCAUGCAGUAUCCCAGCCAGUCCUUCCAGCCCGUCGUCCUGGCCAACUGAACGCAGGGAAGGAGAGUAUUGGGGGCACGGGAGGGAGGGGGGGAACAACAACAACAAAACACACGGGGAGAAAAAACAGAAAUAUACAGAAAAUAUUCAAAUCUUAUAAAUAUAACUUCUUGGAAAAAGAAAGAGCCCAGUGUUGUUGCGCUGUGCUGGCAACGCUCCUGAAGCACUGACUUGUUUUUUUUAACUCAGUCCCUGUGCUUUUUCUCCUACUCACUUUUUUACUCUUUAAACGAGUCUCUGGUCUUUUGGGUUGUGUUCCCCCUUCCCCAUCCCCAAGUGGGCACAGAUGUGGGUCACAGUGCUCCCUCUCCCCUCCCACCUGGCUGUAGGAGGGGCAGGCAGAAUGAGGUGGGCUUGCUUUGCUGUUACUGCUGUGUAUGUGGGAGGAGAGCAUCUCAUGUGCCUGGAGGUUCACGCUACUGCUGUUGUUGCUCCAGGCUGGUGAGGCCAGUCUAGCAUCCAGUUGUGUCUUUGGUGAGAAGCACCUGCUGCCACCUCUCAUCUCCAGCUGUAGAAGGGCAGCACUGCUUUCAGUCCCUCUUGUGCACCAGCCAAGGGGCUGUUCUGUGCCCUUUUGGGGUUGGCUCGGAGGGCAGCCCUGCAGCGUAGGAACGCUGUGGGUCUGUCCCUGUGUGAGGAGGUGGUGCUGAGCUGUUGGAUCCUGUCCCCUCCUGGUGGACACCCUACCUGCAGGGCUGAGCAUUCACUUGUAAUCCUUUGGUCCUAGGUUUGAGCUCUUGUUGCUGGCUGUGGAUUUAUCUUCAUCUUAGAGAGGGAAUUUUUUCUGUAGUUAGAGGCAGAAUUAUUUUGAGGAGAAGGAAGGGCUAUGUUGUUGAAGCUUCUGUCUUGAGCAAUGGUAAGUAGUCCCCGGGUGGAGCUGGAGGACCCCUGGGUGUGAAGGAGCCUCCUUGGAGGCUAUGGUGGGAGCAUGGAAGAUUGCAGAGAGAAACAGUGAUGAGACUCUAAUUUUUGAAGUUUAAAAGAAAAAUGAGCUUUUUGUUGCCUGGCUCAGGGUUUAGUUCUCUUGAAACAAUGUCUCUGGAGCACCCUCCGAAACCCGCUUCUGUGGUUGUUGUACCAAUGUGCUCCUUCAGGACAUCUCUGUACAGUGAGGUGGUCCGCAGCUUGUGCUUUUUCCCUCUCCUUGAUCUGAGAUGAAGGCAUCAGCCCUCCUGUUGUUGCCGGUGAGCCUUGGCAGAGGCAACGGGAUGGGAGUGGAGGGUCAUUGCUGCCACAGUGUUGAGGAGCAUUUCCAUCCUGGCGGGGCAGGCCCCCAGCAGGCUGCUUGCUGCCCUCGGGCUAUGACCGGCACGGCGGGCUGGCUCACUUGGCUUCUCCCAAAAUGGCGUCCGUAGCCUCAGCCCUGUGGGUUUCCAGGCUGGAGCAAGCUGCUCAGGAACAGCUGAGCCAUCUGCAUCUUUCUUUUCCUAUUCUGUUUGGUUUUUAACCUACUUACGGAUGUUACCACUGCCACCCUCUCCCUGGGAGCACACUACUGACUGCCAGGGCCCCGCUCCUGGGACCCGGCUGUCCCUGGUGCUGGCAGUGCCACCUGCCAGUCGCUGCUGUGGGACAGCGGACCCCUUUGGCACCUUUGGGGAGAGGCAGGGAGCCCCAACCCUGUGCAUGUGAAGCUUCGAUGCCACUUUGCCCCCAGAGCCACGUUGGGAACCGUGGUGCAAGGGGAGGGAGGGACCAAGCUCUAUCAAACAAGUGUGCUUCAGAAGCGUUCAGGAGCUUCAGGCGGCCAUGGAAAUUUAGCAGCCUUUUCAGGGCUUUUCUAGUCUUGGAUGUAGGCAUUCAGCUUCAGUUUUAUUUUUUAAAACCUGCACUAAUUUACCUGGUUUCUUAGGGAGAGAAGAGAGACUUUUUGCUUUGGUUUUUGGUUUUGUUUUGUUUUUCUUUUUUUAACUUUUUAUUUUUUAUGGGUUUGUGUUCUUUUCGUUGACGUCUGUUUGUAUUGAAUAAUUUGCUACAUUUGUAAGAUGCAAGAGGUCUAUAUAAUAUAUGUAUAUUUCUAACGUAAAAGAAAAAAAAAAGAAAAAACUGUAAUUUUUUUCUUUUUGAGAUUUUUUCUUAAAAAGAGGAGAGAGAAAAAAUAUUUUUUCAGGAAAAAAAAAACCUUAAAAAACAAACAAACAACACAAAAAAAUACAAAAAAAAAAAAAAAAAAGGCAGUGAAGAUUCCUUUCUCCCCUUCUCAGCCUCCUCCUGCCCUACAGCCUUGUGGAGAAGGAAUGGAUGCAAGAGAUCCGUGCUGCUCCGGGUGGAGGAUCUGUGUGUGCUUUGGUGGCUCCAUUCUGAUUCAGGAGGGCUCUGAGGGGGGAGAUCCGGGGGACUGAUGGCUUUUUUUUUUUUCCUUUUAUUUUAUUUUUUUUUCAUUUUAUUUCUUUUAAUUUCUUUUUUUUUUUUCCUUGUUGUGUAGCGAAGGAGGAAUACAAUCAGAGUUUUGUAUUCAGAAUGUUGUGCAAUAUUUUGGGACGGGAUAUUGGUGUGUCUUAGAAAUUUAGUUAAAAAACAUGCAAACAACAACAACAACAAAAAAAAAAAGGUUGAUUAAAUCUGUACAGUUUCUAUUGUUCCAGAUUUUUUUAAGUUUGUAUUAAAAGCAUGGUAUAAUAA